ACCCACUGCGGUCACGAAACGUGGCAGUACAGAAUGGAUAGACCGCAGUACCGUGUGAGGAGGAUCACACACAAGACUGUCAAGACUCUUGCUAAUAAUUUAACGGACGAAAAUAAAAUGGCAAUUCAAAUACAGUCCCAAGAUGGGAAUUUGGGAUCCGAGAAAAGGCUGUGGUGUUGACGGUGGCGGAGCUGCGGAGGAGCCGGUGGCGGUAGCGGCGGAGGUCGUUGUCUUGUCGGGGAGGCAUGCGAAGGAGACCUAGUGUUUCGGAAUAGCCAAGGCAGAGGAAGACAUGGUCGGCAUUUUCUAAGUUUCAUGUGCUUGCCUUUUGUUCUAUCCGAAACAUUGGAGUGGAGCCGCUUCAAGAUUCUAUAAUUCUUAUUCGUUCUUCGGAUAUUGAAUUUUUAUCGUUUUAAUUUUUUUUUUCCCGAGUUCUGUCACGAUCUCCGACGCAUUUUUCGUCACAUUCAGUGCGUGAACCUCCCUGCAUUUCGAUCUGAUACUUGUUCGCUCGGUGAUCUUGGCACCUUCCGAGAAACUGUACCUGCUGCUGCUGUUGUCAUUUCUUAUCGCUUUUUUCUUUUUUUAUUAUUGACUCGAUCGGGUGGGGGAUUAAUUUAGAGGCGUUUCGAAAUCAACAAGCGCGCAUUUAUUUUUUGGUGAGAGUGGAGGAAGACGGGGCUCGGUUGUUUUAGGUACUUGUAAAACGUGAAAGAAGUUCUGAUUUUGCUCCAAUUCUGAAACGAGAUCUCCGAUCUGCCAGGGUGUUUAAAUCUGUUGAAAAAGAUUAGGGAAGAUAGUGACGAUUAGCUCCGUAACGAUGGCAUUUAAGAACUUAGUUCGGGAGCUGCGGGAAAUGAGAGAUGGAAUUGGGAACAGAUCAAGAAGACGGGGAGAAAGGAAGCACAUGCACCGCCAUGGAAGGGCUCACAUAGCUCCGGAAAGGUCUCCAUCUUCAUCUGUGUUGGUUCAACAGAGCCGGUGGGCGAACCUGCCACCGGAACUGCUUAUUGACAUUAUCAAGCGGGUGGAAGCGAGCCAGACCUCAUGGCCUGCCCGGAAAGAUGUCGUGGUCUGCGCUUCAGUGUGCAGGUCGUGGCGGUCGAUCACGAAAGAGGUCGUGACAACGCCAGAGCGAUGCGGUUUGCUCACCUUCCCCAUCUCGUUGAAGCAGCCGGGGCCGAGAGAUUCGCCAAUUCAAUGCUUCAUUAAGAGGGAAAGAGCGAGUUCGACUUUUCAAUUGUAUCUUGGCCUGAGCCCCGCUCUUUCAGGGGAUAUCAGUAAAUUGCUGUUGGCUGCAAGAAAGAUCAGAAGGGCUACCAGAACAGAGUUCUUGAUAUCCCUGGUUGCGGAUGAUUUCUCUCGUGCAAGCAAUGUGUAUGUUGGAAAAUUAAGGUCUAAUUUCCUGGGCACAAAGUUCACCAUUUAUGACAGUCAACCUUCAUACGAUCAGGCAAUUGACUCUAGUGGUCGGACACAUCGGAGGAUCCAUUCAAAGCAGGUCUCUCCUAGGGUAGCUGCUGGAAGUUAUAAUGUAGCUACCAUAUCUUAUGAGCUUAACGUUCUUCGUACAAGAGGCCCAAGGAGAAUGCACUGUGCCAUGCAUUCGAUCCCCAUCUCUUCAAUUCAAGAAGGGGGCACCGCCCCUACUCCGAAGGAAUUUACAAAAUUACUUGAUGAGAAAUCUUCUUCUUUGACAGUUUCGGAAGGAAAGAACCCACUUGUUGAAAGUUUCAGUUCCACAAGUCUUGCUGAGCCUCUGGAAUCAAUUCAUGGCACAAGAGAUCCAUUGGUUUUGAAAAAUAAAGCUCCUAGAUGGCAUGAGCAGCUGCAAUGUUGGUGCCUAAAUUUCAAGGGACGUGUUACAGUGGCUUCUGUAAAGAAUUUCCAGCUGGUGGCAACUGUGGAUCCGUGCCAUAAUGUUUCUGUGGCAGAACAAGAAAAAGUAAUACUACAGUUUGGAAAGAUUGGGAAAGACAUUUUUACCAUGGAUUAUCGCUACCCUCUCUCUGCCUUCCAAGCCUUUGCAAUCUGCUUGAGUAGCUUUGACACUAAACCAGCCUGUGAAUGACCAUAUUUUAUUCCCAUCCUGCGACACUUUCCUAAAGUUGGUUGUACAUACACCUUUUGAAGGAAGCCAUGUAGACUUUUUUUUUUUUUUCAUCAUUAGCCACCGCCUUCGCUGCGCAGACAUUAGUUUGUCUUACAGCAGUUACCAGCAAAGUGUAUUGUUACUUGUUAGUUGAACUGUCUAUUUUUGUCUGCGGAAUGUCAGAUCCGCAUUCAUUCCACUCAAGUAUGUAACUUCAUCACUUCUGGAAAAUUUUGUGGUAAUUUAGGAGGAAUCCAGAGAAGUUCCUUGUAGUUGCAGGAAAGAUUUCUUAGUAGUAUAUUUGAAAUCUCACCUCAUGUAAUUGAAUCUUAAUAUUUAAAUGCAAAUCACAUUACAUUGCACGACAU